UCAGCCCUCGCUCCUCGCGGGGGUUACCAUAGCUACCUUGCACACCGCAUCUCGGUCUCCCUAGUCGGUCCUGGCUGGCCGCAGGGAAGAGCCGGCACCAUGAGUCACGUAGUGACCAUCGAAGAGCCCCAGGCCAAGCCGCCGGUGUCUCAAACCCGGUGCAGAGGGAGGUCGGGGCCCUGGGGCAAAGUCUCUGCCAAUCGAACAUAUGAUUUCCUAUACGAUCCAUUGUUUAUCGUGUCAAGUGAGAAAGAACACAACCAGGCAAACAUUCAGGCCACCCUGAUUCGAAGCAGACUGAGAAGGGUUCCCAGGUAUAGAACCAUGUUCAGUAGCCUGUUUCAUUAUCCAAGAUAUUCUGUAUAUUGGAACAAGGCAGAUCCUGUUCCAUCAUUCAUCAGUCGGGACUGGAAGGGACAUGAGGAGAGACACAAAGAAGCCCUCCGGAAACUUGCUGUAACUGACACUUCUUUUCCGAUGCCUAAAGAAGUUUAUGAAGAUCCUGAUGUUACUGGAAAGAAUCGCUAUAAAUAUUUUGAAAGGCCUUUCCUUCCAUUUUAUCAACAGUUGCCAUUCAAUGUUGUUUUUGCAUCAACCAGGGCAGAGCCAUAUACCUUUCCUCCUCCUUCCACUAAGUGCCUCCCCAUUCCUUCAAAGUAUACUGUGGGCACUCAGACUGAUUAUCGCGAUGCCGAAGUUCAGACAGACCCGUAUUCUCCAGAAUACAUAGUAUGUCAGAAUUCCAUCCCUGAACUGCUGACCCUGGCUACUCUCACUUGGGGUCGAGGUCUCCCGGCAGGACAAGCUGAGGUAGAGAUGAUAGAACGUGCCCGGGAGAAGCGUGCUUGGGAAGCCACUCUCCCCACUCUGAGUGACACCUCCCAGUUUGAGAAGAGGAGGAGGAUGAUGAAUGCCAUGGAGAGGAAGGAGUGGGCCUUCAGAGAGCAGGAGAUCGAAAAACUGCAGGAGAUUCGCCUGGAAGUUCUAAAAGAGCUGCUGAAGAAGCGUGAUGAGAAUCAAAAUGAAGUAAACAUGGCGUGCUUGAAUGCCCAGUGGUCUAAACUGCAGGAGGUGAAGGAGGCAAAGUUGGCACAGAUUCACCACACACACGUAUCAGCAAUCAGAAAACUUUUGGGAAAGGGAAAGAAUAUAGAAGGGAAGUUGGAGAGAAGAAAUAUCAUCAAGGAUUAUUCUGAUUAUGCAUCACAGGUCUAUGGACCUCUAUCUCGCCUUGGUCGUUUCACAGACAACAACUCAGAGGACUUUGUAGUAAAAAACCACUAUCUCAACACCUAUGAAGGAUUAGUCGAACUUGAGUCAUGUCUCCCAGAUUUUGUGACACAACCCCGAAUCAGAUCUCCAAAACCAAAAGUCACUACCACCAAAGAUGGUUUUCUAAAGAGGGCUGCAAGGAUGGACCAUGAGUUGGCAGAGUUUCAUAAGGCACUGUUGGAAAAGAAGAAUAAGGGCCCCGAAGCAAAGAAACCAUUGCGUUUUCUUCAAAGAAAGCCAAUACCUCAACCUCGACUUCCAACUCCAACUUUGGAGAUGAAUUCCAAUGAAGAAGAAGAUAUAGAAAUGGCUGUGAUCUACCUUCAAAAGUUACUCCGGGGCAGAGUCGUUCAGAACAUGAUGUUUGAAGGAAAAGAGAAGCGACUGGAGUUGAUCCAGGAGCUGCGCACCAGCCACGCACUGCAAGAAGAGGACAGGCUGGUGAAGAAAGCCGAGAAGCAGGUGACCCUGGCCUUGCAGCGACAGAGGAACCUGCACGAGCACAAGGUGUCACUGAUUGAAAACCAUUUGGCUGGACUGGAAGGAUGGGUGCUGGCAGACAUGUUUGACUUCCUGUCCAAAGAGCUGGUGAGACUGCAGGAGGAGAGGAGGGUCCACGCCCUGGUCAUGUUGGCCGAGAGGCAGCGCAGGAUGCGUGAAGCCGAAGAGAGUGGCCGGCGCCAGGUGGAAGAGAGGCGCCUGCAGGAGGAGGACCAGAUAUUUAAGGAGGUAAUUAAAGUUCACCAAAGUACUAUAACUUCCUAUCUGGAGGAUAUAAUACUGAACACUGAAGAGAAUACUGCAGAAGAACAAGCCAGGGCAGAAAUAGAGAAGAUGGCUGAGGAAAUCAAUGACAUUGCUUAUGAAAUGGAAAGCCGUCGAACUCAGCUUCAGUCAGAGGAGAUCGUUGGCGAGUUGGUUUAUAGUUUCCUGAUCCCAGAGUUGCAAAAGGACUUUGUCAAAGAAAAAGUGAGGAACGCACAGCAGAAGCACAUCCUCGCAGCCCAUAAGGUCAUCCACAGGCACACGGAAGACAUGCUCCAGAAGCAUUGUGUUGAGCAACAGCAAGCAUCAGACACUGAGCUACUUGAGGGAGAAACUGAAAAUGAGCAAAACAGCUAAGGGUAAAUCCUAAAGGAUAGUGAAAAGAUGUAUGACAUCUAAACUAAUAAAAGAAAAUGAAAUAAAUAAAAAACACUCAAUACAAAAGGAGGACAGAAGGAGAGAAAAAGGAAACAGAACCAAUAGAAAGCACUGAAUAAAAUGGUAGGUGUUUAUCAUUGAUUCAUCAUUUAAUUACAUUAAAUGUAAAUAGACUAACUGCUCAAAGUCAAGUCAGAAUUUGUCAGACUGAAUUUAAAAAAUAACUCAAUUGUAUGCCUUUUAUGUGUAAGAUCUAAAUAUGCAGAAUGGUUACAAGUUAAAGGAAAGUAAAAGACACCAUGAAAACACCAUCCACAGGAAAGCUGAUGUUAACUAUAUUAAUGACAAACAAAGAAGACUUUAAGCCAGAAAGCACUUACUAGAGCAAAAGAGGGACACUUCAUAAAGAUAAAGGUUUAAUUCAUUGGGAAGGUAUAAUAAGUCACAAUUUGAAUAUAUCUAAUAACAUAGCCUCAACCUAUAUGAAGCAAAGGUUAAGAGAGCUGCAAGGAGAAAUAGAAAAAUCCGUAAUAAUGCUGGGAAUUUUAAUCUCUAUCAGGAACUGAUAUGGCAAGCAGAGGAAAAAAACUAAAAAAGAGAAGAUUUGAGACAUAUAGUUAAGAAACUUCACCUGAUAGACAUUUAUAGAAUAUUAUACCCAACAACUCCAGGAUGCAAAUUAUUUUCAAGCACACAGAGAACAUUUGCAAAAACUGACUAUAUACUGUGUCAUAAAGCAAGUGUCAACUAUUUCAAAGUUUAAAUCAUGGCAAAGUGUGUUCUCUGAUAAAAAUGUAAUGAAACUAGAAAUCAAUGACAAGAUAAUUCUAAUUUGUUUGGAAAUUAGGAAAUUCAGGUGUAAAUAAUCUGUUCAUCAAAGAAAAUACCAGAAUAGAAACUUGAAAAUAUUUUGAACUGAAAAAUGACGAAAAUGCUACAUAUGUAUCCAACAUGUAAAAUGGGACUGAUGUGGUGCUUAGAUGGAAAUUUGUAGGCUUAAAGGCAUUUAUUAGAAGAGAAAAGGUGUAAGUAAGACUAAGUAUCCUUUUCCAGAAUUUAGAAAAAGAAUGGCAAAUUAGAUGCAAAAAAAGUAAAAGGAAGGAAACAAAAGUAACAGGAAUUAAUAAAACAAAAUAGACAUGUCUUCUGAUUCUAAGUAGAUACAGUAGGUAGCUUCAAGAAAUAGAGAAAGUUAUGGAUAUAUUGUAAAUGUAACCUUUCAGAGACAGUGAAGAGCUCUGGCAAUAAAGGGGAACUUGAUGAACUAAAAUGGUAGAGAGGAAAGAGUCCUUCCUAAGUGAUCUAAGAUCACUGGCCAUUUUCUUCCCUUGAGGCAAUGGCCAAAUCUGGUUAUAAGACUUUACUAAGGGAAACAGAAACCAGCAAGACUUCUAAAAACUGUGUGAGCAAGCAUGAUGGACUGGAAUCUGGAGGAGCCCCAGACGUAAGGCCAAAUUUCCCUAGAAUGUCAGCUUUAGGUUUCUGGUAGAUAACCCCUUCACUAAUAGAAAGAUGUUUGAAUCUAUCAUGUGUUCUUUAGCCAGCUGUGUCAAUGUGAUCCUCACUCAGCCUCAUGGAUUUAUCCACUGUUAAUUCAUUGUUCCAUGAAUUUUUUUUUUUUAUCAGAAAUAGCAGAAUAUCCUGACUUUCCCUACCACCGUGAUGUUUGAUGGCUUAGCAGUGGUAACAUUUUUGUGUGAUUUUUUGAGCUUAGAACAAGAUUGAGAUUUUUCUAAGAAAACUACCCUUAACCACCAUCAUGGAACACUGAAUGACUUUGGAAAUUAGCUCUUGCUGCAGACUUGGUAAUAUUUUUAUAAUGAAUCCAAUCUAAAAUUACAAGGCAAAACAGAACCUGUAUGUAGAAUUUAUAUUAUGAUAAAGUCAUUUCAAUGGCAACUAACAUUGUCUGAAUCACUAGUAAUAGUAAGCUGCUUUAUAUACUUCCCGUGCUGCCAAAGCUAAAAACACAAGGUGUCCAUUCCCAUGCAUAUUUGCAGUGAAUGUAUUUUCUGAGCUUAAACUAUACUUCCAGGAGCAUUUUUUGGACCUUGAAACAAGUGCAAAGGAAAUUUCUAUAUUUCAAAGUUAUUUAACUGUGCAGUGGAGGCAUGUCCAUCUAACCUUCAUGGAAGUGAUUAAUCUGCAUUAUAAUGAUGUGCUAAAAGGCAAAUAUCGAGAAGAAUCUAAUGGAAUUCUAUAAAUGCCUUCCAAGCAAUAAAUAUGCACAAUUAAAAGCACAUGCUUAUGGAUUCAGAUCAGUAUUGCCAGCACCUAUCUGUGAAAGACAUUUUUUUAAAUUGAAGUAUAGUUGAUUUACAUAUUUUGUUGGUUUCAGGUAUACAGCAAAGUGAUUCAGUUUUAAAAUUCUUUUCCAUUAUACGUUAUUACAAGAUAUUGAAUAUAAUUCCCUGUGCUAUACAGCAAAUCCUUAUUGUUUAUCUAUUUUAUAUAUGGUAGUGUGUAUCUAUUAAUCAUAUAUUCCUAAUUUUUCCCUCCCUGCCCCUUUCCCCUUUGGUAACCGUAAGUUUGUUUUCUAUGUCUGUGAGUCUGUUUCUGUUCUGUACUAUUUUUUAGAUUCCACAUAUAAGUGAUAUCAUAUAAUAUUUGUCUUAAAGACAUUUUCGAAACUGCAAUGGGGGGAAGUCUCAUUACACAUCACCAUUAACAGAUGAACAUUUGCAACCACUUUAAACUACCUGAACCCCAAUUAAGCAAAAUGUUAUCCCCUAAAUAAGAGUUUCAUUCUUUUUUUCAGGAGACCUGUAUUACAAAAAACUGUGGGCAGUUAUUAUUACUGUCUUCUGAAUUUCAUCAAUAAAAAUUUGUGAAAAUUUGUUUUCUUUCUUGUUAUUUUAGUACCUAUAUAAUAUGCUUGAUUUUGUCUUUUGGCCCACAAAGUCUAAAAUAUUUACUGUCAGGCCCUUUGCAGAAAAAGUUUGUUAAUUCCUACUCUACAGCAGAUAAAAAGAGUGAAAAAGAACUAAAGACAAACACAUGGAUGAAUCUCACAAAUAUAAUAAGAACUGAAAGAAGCCAAAUCCAAAAAAAAAAAAAUCUACUAUGAGUCUAUUUAUAUAAAAUUCAAAAUCAGCACUAAACUGUGUGUUGAGGAAUGUACACUUAGGUAAUGAUAUAAAGAAAAGCAAGGAACUGAUUACUGUAAAAAUCAAAUAAAAAUCAGAAUAGUGAUUUCUUUUAGAGGGUAAGAAGAGGGUUGUGAUUGGAACAAAGUGAGAGCUUAUGGGAUUUUUUGCUCUGGGUGGUAUUUACAGAGAUGAGUAGUACACAUUAAUUCAUUAAGCUGUACAAUGAUUUUUUUUGUACUUUCCUUUGUGUGUCAUAUUCUGUAGUUAAAAGUUAGAAAUACCUAUGUAGAUAUAUGAACAUGUACAUACAUGCAUUAUGCUUGCAAUAUACACAGAAUAAUCCUAGAAAGAUCAAUGUGAACUUGGUAAGUAGUUGUUGGCAUGGAAACUGAGGACUGUAGGUCAGACUGGGGGGAAAGAGGCUUACUUUCCACAUGUUUCUGUCCUUUUGUAGUUUGAAUUUUUUUUUACUAUAUACACAUAUUAAUUUUUAAGUUAUACUAGUUAAUGUAAAGUCUUUUUUCAAGUUGUAGAAUUUGGAAACUGAGACUAACUGAGGUGAGUUAGGAAACGUUUGGAUCAUGGGGCCUGUAAGCGGCCGAGCUGGGAUAUGUCUGGGGCUGUGUGACUUCAAAACCAGGACUCUGUGUAAUUGUAUCACAGUAAUCUUUUGGGUGUAUUGAUCUGAUAAUGAUUGUUUCUAAAAAGAUGACAUAAUCAUAAAUAUUUGUGUUGUUUUUUACAGACUAUGAUCUUUUUAAAAAGAAGCUAUACAAAUCAUCAUAGAGCAUUCCAGUCCUCUGUGCUUCUCCUAAGAUGUGCAGCUCUUAUGGGCUUGUCAAUAUGUGAUGCAUGAGAAAACAGAUUUAUUUUCUUUAAACUCCCAAUAAUUUAAAAUGAUUUUCAGUAAUAAUAAUCAAAUGAAGGAGCCUUAUUCUCUUUGGUGUUUCCCAGAGGCUCUACUUCAAAAGAAAAUUUUCUCAUGUCUCAUUUCAACAUUUCGUUAACUAUGAAGAUAUGCCAGCUCGUUGAAUCAAAUAAAAAAUGUUACUGGAUAUUUGAGUGGUUUUGGUUUGCUAUUCAUAGUGCAUUGGCAUUAUCUGUUAAGACUGAAAAUAUGCAAUCCCCAUGACCCAGCAUUUCAUUCUCACAUUUCAUUCUCUGGAAGAAAUGCAUGAGUAUGUACACCAACAGGCAUGACAAGAAUGCUGUAGCAGUACUAUUCAUGCUGGCCCCAAAUGUCUAUCUACAUAGGAAUAGAAAAGUAAACCUUGGUAUAUCCAUACAAUGGCACAUCAAGUCACCACUGAGCUUUAGCUCUGAGAAGUAUAUUCAUGCAACACCCAUGGAGAGGGUGCUGCUGGAGAGCAAUUUGCCCAUCCUACAUGUUGACAAGUGUCAGGGCUGAAUGGAUCUCUCCUCAUUUAAAGAUCAGUAAAUAGGAAAAACAAUAAAUAAACAAAAGCAUCCACAACAAAUCAACAUAGGACCCAUGUAAAGAACUUAUAAAAGAAAAUGUAUGUUAUCGGAAAACAAUAAAAGCAUAUCUUAGGAAAUAUCUUACUGUAAUAGGGAAGAGCUAGUUCUGACUCCAUGUUGGAUCUGUUUCUUUUACUUUAACCUUUGCUUUUCAUUGCUUUUGUUACUAGAGUCACUGUCUAUAACUGUAAGCUUAAUGGCCUGCCACAGGGAACCCUGCUCCUCUGCCUGUUAAACUACAGUGCCUUUGUUCAGCUCACAGAGAGACAUUCUGACCCUGUCCACCUGUGAAUGGCUGCAGAAAAGAAGAAAUUAACACAUCCCCUCCUCAAUGCGGCCAAGCAAGGAGAUAUUUUGCAAGAUAAAUGGCCUUUUUACUUUACUUCCUCACCUCCUCCCCCUCUCUGUUCUAUAAAAGAAACUGGCAUCCAGACGUGGAUAAGAUGGUUAUGGUGAGUCUUUAGUCUGUUAUCUUCUCGGCCUGCUGGCUUUCAGAAUAAAGUCACUAUUCCUUGUCUCAACACCUCAUCUCCUGAUUUAUUGGCCUGUCGCGCAGUGAGCAGAGUGAGCUUGGACUCGGUAACAAAUUUGGCUUAGCCAGCCAGGAGCCUUGCUGAUCGUGGCUAGCGGAGCAAGGCCCUAGCAGCUGCCAGGACCAUUUGUCCUGUGGAUCUUCCCUUCAGAACUCCCUGAAGUGGCACCAGCUACCCCAGCACUUGGCAGUUGGUGCAAGGAACUGAAAAACUUCUAUGAGUCGACAGACUCAAUUCUGGAGGGUAAGUUGCUCAGGUGUGCACACCGGGACCAUAUUCCCCCCUCAAUUUGGGCUUUUCCUUUAUAAGACAAGCUAAUUUGUUUGGUUGGGGUACCCUGUUGGAGAAGGGAAUUGUUGGACUCUACCUGAUUUGGGAACGGGUUCAUUGGUUUUGGUUUUGUGUGCGUCAGUGUUGGAAUUUGUGCUUUUUGUGUUGGAAUUUGUUUGCAUCUUUUGUGUUUUGGUGUCAUCAAACUUAUGAAAAUGGGAAAUAACUCCAACUAUCCUGAAGAAGAGCCCUUUGGGGGUGUAUAUUAAAUAAAUGGGCAAAACAUAGAUGUGAACCUAUGACUAAGAGAGACAUGAUAUACUAUUGUAAUAGGGUGUGGACCCAAUGUAUUUAAGUUCAGAAGAGCAAUGGCCCCUGAAUGACUCACUCAAUUAUUACACGAUCUCACAAUUAGAAGUGUUUUGCAAAAGGGCAAAGAAAAGAGAUGAGAUUCCAUAUGUAGGAGCAUUUAUGCUACUGCAUCAGGAGGAAAAGGAGUCAGAGGGCUGCCACCUUAUGGUGUAGUGGUCUGAAAGGAAACCCAAGGGGAAACCUGUUCUACAAGAAGAGGGAGAAAAUGAGAGUGGGGACAUGUUACUUCAAAAUCUAAAGCCCCUCCGGCCUAUCCAGCUCCCCCACUGGCCGAGCAGGCUGCACCGGCAGUCGUUCCAUCUGCCCCCCAUGCCACCAACAUAUUCACUCCUUUCACCAUCUCCUGUUUCUCCUACCCAUGGGGAUCGAAUAGAAGUUUCUAUAUUAACCCCUGGAGCAUAGGGACGUAGUUUAGUAUUACCAUCUAAGACCCGACAGGGCACCCAAUUUGGACUGGGAGCCACUUCCACAGCAGGGCAAUUUCCCUUGCACUGAUAUCCUGUAAGAGGCCAGGAGACUCCUUUAGACUUGAGGCAUCUGAUUCUAAUUUCCCCACAGGAGCCCUGGGUAACUCUGACAGUAGGGAACAAGUUGAUUGACUUUCUAAUAGAUACAGUGCCACAUAUUAUGUGGUAAACACCAAGGUGGCACAGAAAACAUCUCAGUCUAUCCCGGUCACAGGAAUUUCUGGAGAAGUACAAAACCAUUCAUUCUUACAACCUCUUAGAAUGCCAACUAGGGAACCUCACCCUGAAACACAGCUUCUUAUAUAUGCCAGAGUAUCCAACCCCCGUUUUUUGGGACAAGUCUUCUUUGUAAAUUAAAUGCUCAAGUAACUUUUUCACCAGAACAGCUUGACAUCAGGGCCCCACCAGAGCACUCUUUAAGCCUACAAAUGGCACUCAUGGAAACCCCAGAGAAGGAAACAAAGUCAUCCUAGGAGAAACUUGCCUGUAUCUUUGAGAUUCAAAUGUCCUAUCUGGUUUUCUCAAGAACUCUCAUCUCUGCCAUCUUUUUGAAAUGCAAAUUUUGAAAAGAGGGUAAAGUAAUUUAGAACUUGACUUGUUUUCCCUAACUAUAAGGAAAAAGGGUUGAGCCAUUUAGACAAGUGAGCUUGAUUUGUUCCAUCUGCCAGAAACCCAAUUUUAAUCCAACCUCUUUUGUAAACUGAUGGGUUUUACAUUGCUGUACCUGACUCAGGGCUGAAAUUCUGAAAGGAGAGCUAUGAGGUCUCUCUGGUUGGUUGUGUUUAUGUCUUUGUCUUUGGAUAACAUUGCUGAGGUUAAUCUGUAAAUGAGUUCUAUUUAAUUGGCUUAAAGAAAAGUAAGCGCUUACAAACUAAACAAUUCUAAAUACAAGAGAAAUUAAGCUAAAUGAGUUUCAGGUUCUCUUGAACUGGGAAAUAUUUAGUAUUAAAUUAAUACCUCGGGGGCUUCCCUGGUGGCGCAGUGGUUGAGUGCUAAUGCAGGGAACACGGGUUCAAGCCCUGGUCUGGGAGGAUACCAAAUGCCAUGGAGCAACUAGGCCCGUGAGCCACAACUACUGAGCCUGCACGUCUGGAGCCUGUGCUCCGCAACAAGAGAGGCUGCGAUAGUGAGAGGCCCAUGCACCGCGAUGAAGAGUGGCCCCCACUUGCCACAACUAGAGAAAGUCCUCGCACAGAAACGAAGACCCAACACAGCAAAAAUAAAUUAAUUAAUUAAUAAACUCCUACCCCCAACAUCUUCUUUAAAAAAAAAUUAAUACCUGGUAUUAAUGUUUAAGUUUGUUGAUCUAAUUAAUAUAGACAUGUCUUUAGAGUCAUCAACAUUAAGUAUAAUACUUUUUUUUUUUUGCGGUACGCGGGCCUCUCACUGUUGUGGCCUCUCCCGUUGCAGAGCACAGGCUCGGGACGCGCAGUCUCAGCGGCCAUGGCUCACGGGCCUAGCCGCUCCGCGGCAUGUGGGAUCUUCCCGGACCAGGGCACGAACCCGUGUCCCCUGCAUCGGCAGGUGGACUCUCAACCACUGUGCCACCAGAGAAGCCCCAAGUAUAAUACUUUUACUGCACCUAGGUUUAAUAGAAGUUAAAUAAAACCUUGUUAUAUCUGUUGCAAACUUGUCAGCAUGAAAAAUAACUUGACAUGAUGAAAUUUUAAAGUAAAUGUAAAUAAGAGCUUCUAGGUAAACUCUAUAGGAAUAAUUACAUUCUGAAAAUUAUCUAAAAUAGCUUCUCCAGAUUUUGGUAACUAUUACUUGCCUCUUGGUUUUCACCAGAAAUUAAGCUUUUUGAGAGUCGGGAUUCUAAUUUAAAUAUGUAAUUAAAGCUACUGAAAAUAAUAAAACAUUUCAUUAUACAGGAGGAAAGAGCAAAAUAUGUUUUGAGUAAAAGGAGUUUUAUGCAUGGUCAGGCUGAGAUUAAACUUAACUGAGUAAAUGAAUUUUUAAAAGCUGGUGCAAAUCUUGAAUCUGGCUUUUCUGUUAACAGGACAAGUUUUCUUAAAAUGUCGAACUGCCUUUGAUAACAGAUUCUUAAGUUUCUUUACCUUUUAAGUGAUCAGUUCUGUAUUUACCUUUAGAAUCUUUUAUUGUUACUUUGGUUAAUGAAUAACAAUUGUUUCACAGUGACCUGUGAUCCUAUCUGACUGAGUGUUCUAGACUCUCUAGUUUUUUGACAAAACUUCCUAAAUCAAAUUCUAAUGAAGUCCUUUUGGACUCUAGCUAACUUUGGGAUUCUUCAAAGGGCUCCUGAAGCAUCCCAAAGCAAGAUAGGUUCAUUUGGUAUGUUAAAUUACACGGGAAGUAUUUUCAAAUGAGUAAUACAUCUUCUUAGGUUAUACUGUAUGGUAAAUGUUACUAAUAUAGACAUGCUAGAGAUUAUAUAAAGUUUCUGAAAUUUGAUAUGUCCUGGUAUAAUGUUAUAAUUUUAAUUGUUAUCUUAAAAUAUUGUAUGUCACAACAACUUGGAUAAACUUGUCAAGAAGAAUUGUAAUCAGAUCUUUAACCUUGCCUUUUUAAGACCUUCAUCAUUCAUAGGCAGCUAAGGUAAUACUUUGCAAAACUGCCAUAUCUUCAAGGAGAUUCAUAAAAAAGAAACUUUUUAACAAAUAUAAGUUUCUGAUAGCCUUUAGAUAAUACCACUGGACUGGGCAACAAAUGACAAAACUAAUGGGAAACCUGAUUACUUCAUCCAGAUAAACAGGAAUUAAUUACAUGGGACUGAAUGAACUGAUGAAUAUGGUUUAUGACUUUGGGAAAUAUACUAGCUUUAAUCUUUGUUUUCCAGAAAAACCUUUUCUCUUAUGCUGUGACCUAAGACAAGUUGAUAAAGUAUGUCUUUGUGAACAAAGAUGAAACAUUGAUCUUUUUCUCUCUACUUGAUCCUGCCAGAGUUUGGCCUCUCCAGCUGGCUCUCCUGUGGACUUGAUAUUUUACUGCAGCUGGAUUACAACUAGUUAUGCUAAUCAUUGCUUUAAUUUGUUCUUUGUUUCCAAACUGUUUGUGCUUUGUGUCUCCCUGCUGCCCUAUAACUUUGUCCGUGUUACUAGCUGCAUUACUUUUAUCCUGUCUAUUUUAUAAGAUUGUUGUCUAUUACAAUACCUAGUGUGUAACUAGGCCUCCAACAAAAUAGAUGAUGGUUAACAUCUUGAGGAAAUAGAUCACAUUUAUAACAUAAAAUAAUUGUAAUAGUGUGAUUCUAGGUAUGGGAAGAAGCAACAAGGGAAAAAUGUCUCCUGGAUCAUAAUUAGAGAGAGGAUCCAGAGAAUCUAAUUAUCAGUAGGGCCUAAUCCAAAAAUUAGCACCUGGAGUGGCAUAUCAAGAAUUUCUGCCUGAUCUAGGAUGAGCCUCCUAGCGCCGUGGGACAAAUUUGAUCAUGAAAUGUCUCCAAAACGUUGGUCAAAUUCCUGACCAAGAGGGGAGAAUUUGAGAAAUGGAAUAUUUCCUGCCACAUCAGUCAUCGGGGAUUGCAGCCCUCCAAUGUGAGCUGGUGAACCCUGAGGGAACUCAGGAAGGAAAAGAAUACCUGCCAUGUAGCAGCCAUCAGACUGCAGCCACUCCCUAUGGUGAGCCCUAAGGAAACUCAGGAUGUGAAAAAGCAGGAUACAGGCCCCAGAUAGCUGUGGUGCCUAUCAAAGGAAUGAUUUCAGUGAGCCCAGACUCUUGCAUCUUCCCAUACACAGAAAAGCGCAAAUUCCUUAACUCGAAAUGUUGCCUCCCGGGUUUGAACUCCUAAAAAAAUUCCCGCUGAAUAAAACAUAACUCUCAACUUUUAGGUUGUGAAUAUUUUUUAAGUCUCCAGGUGUAAAGUAGACACUUUACAAAGAGGAACAAAAGAAGACAAAUCUCAACAUUUGGAACACUGGCACCGCCGGUGGACACUCCCAGAAAGAUCCAUCUGAUGAAGCAGUUAGGAUGGUCGUCACCCCUUUUCCCAUAAUACUGUGGAAUGGACAUUGACAGUGGGGAACUGUAACAGGAAAGAGCCAAUUUUGACUCCAUGCUGGAUCUGUUUCUUUGACUUUAACCUUUGCUUUUUGUAACUUUUGUUAUAAUCAUACAUAAUGUUCCCUCUGCCUGAAUGUUAAACUAAAGUGCCUUUGUUCAGCUCACUGGGAGACAAUCUGACCCUGCCCACCUGUGAAUGACUGCAGAAAAGAAGAAAUUAAUACAUCCCCUCCCCGAUGCUGGCCAAGCCAGGCAAAACUAAUGGCCUUUUUACUUUACUUCCUCACCUCCUCCCCCUCUCUGUUCUAUAAAAGAAACUGGCAUCCAGACCCCCAUAAGAUGAUUAUUUUGAGACUUUAGUCUGCCAUCUUCUCCAUCUGCCAGCUUUGCUUUCCGAAUAAAGUAACUAUUC